UUUCAGUUGCUGCUUUCUUUCCCAUUGGUCAGUUUGCACUAAGUACUCUGGUUGCUGCUUAGAGCUGGUGUGUGGCCUGAGCCAUCUGAGCCAUGAACACCUUCAGGGCUGCCCUCUUCUUCUGGGUAGUGGCAGCAUGGGCUAAAGGGGACGAGCCUCCAGGAGAGACAGAUAAAGCUGGAUUUCAAAAAUGCAAGAAUGCCUUGAACCUACGUGUUCUGGAAGUUCUACCUGGAGGUGGCUGGGAUAAUCUGCGGAAUGUGGACAUGGGACGGGUGAUGGGCUUGACUUACACCAGCUGCAGGACCACAGAGGACGGACAAUACAUCAUUCCUGACGAAAUCUUCACCAUUCCCCAGAAACAGAGCAACCUGGAGAUGAACUCAGAAAUCCUGGAAUCCUGGGUAGAUUACCAGAGCAGCACCUCCUAUUCCAUCAACACUGAGCUCAACACUUUCUCUGAAGUCAAUGGCAAGUUCUCCGCCGAGUUUCAGAGAAUGAAGACACUUCAGGUGAAGGAACACUCUAUCACUACUCGGGUUCAGGUACGAAACCUGGUCUACACAGUCAAAAUCAACCCAACUUUAGAACUGAGCUGGGGGUUUCGGAAGGACCUCAUGGCCAUCUCUGACUGUCUAGAGAACAACCAGACGCGGAUGGCCACCUACCUGGCAGAACUGUUGGUUCUCAACUAUGGCACCCACGUCAUCACUAGUGUAGAUGCUGGGGCUGCCCUCAUCCAGGAGGACAGCAUCAGAACAUCCUUCUUACAAGACAGCCAGAACAGCCGCAUUGCCGUGACUUUAUCCGCUGGAAUUACUUUCCAAAAUAUCAUCAAUUUCAAAUUUGAGGAUAACUACAUCUUGCAGAAUGCUCUCACCAAAAGCUACCUCUCGAACCGAACCAACUCCAGGGUGCAGAGCAUUGGAGGGGUUCCUUUUUACCCAGGCAUCACCCUUCAGACCUGGCAGGAGGGCAUUGCCAACCAUCUGGUGGCUCUAGACCGUGUUGGCUUGCCUCUGCAUUUCUUCAUCAACCCCAACAUGCUGCCUGGUUUGCCAGGCCCCUUUGUGAAGAAGUUGUCUAAGAUAGUGGAACUGGCUGUGAGACGGUAUUAUGAUUUCAACACCUACCCUGGAUGCACGGAUUUCAAUUCGCCCAACUUCAAUUUUCAGGCCAACACAGAUGAUGGCUCUUGCGAAGGGAGAGUGACCAACUUCACCUUCGGAGGGGUUUAUCAGGAAUGCACCCAGCUCUCAGGGAAUGAGGCAGUCCUCCUCUGCCAAAACCUGGAGCAGAAGAACCCACUCACUGGAGACUUUUCCUGCCCCUCUGGCUACUCACCAAUCCGCCUUCUGUCCCAGAUCCACGAGGAGGGUUACAACCACCUGGAGUGCCAGCGGAGGUGUACCCUCCUUGUCUUCUGCAAAAAGGUGUGUGAAGUUGUGUUUCAGGUAGCAAAGGCUGAGUUUAGGGCUUUUUGGUGUGUGGCUCACAACCAAGUCCCCGAAUACUCAGGGCUACUUUUUGGGGGCCUCUUCAGCAGUAAGAGCAUAAACCCCUUGACAAAUUCACAGUCCUGUCCAGCUGGCUAUUUACCACUGAGACUCUUCGAAAGUCUUAAGGUAUGUGCCUCUCAAGACUAUGAGUUGGGCUACAGGUUUUCUGUCCCCUUUGGUGGGUUUUUCAGCUGUGCGGUAGGGAACCCCUUAGCAGAUUCUGCUAUAUCCAGAGAUUCAGGGGCACCUGCUGUGAAAAAGUGUCCUGGGGGCUUCAGCCAACACCUAGCCCUCAUCAGCGAUGGGUGCCAAGUGUCCUACUGUGUCAAGUCUGGGAUCUUCACAGGAGGGUCCCUGCCCCCUGUCAGGCUCCCACCAUAUACGCGGCCACCCCUUAUGAGUCAGACUGCCACCAAUACCGUCAUGGUGACCAAUAUGGAGACCUCAAACUCCUGGAUUAAAGACUAUGAGACCCACCAGUGGAAGCUGGGAGAGCCGCUAGAGCUGCGCAAGGCCCUGAAGGUCACUCAUGAGGACGAGCAUGGUCUGUCAGGAGGAACAGCAGCUGGGGUCAUAGUAGGGGUCAUCACUGUCCUGGUAGCUGCCAUCACCCUGGCCAUCUAUGGCACCAGGAAGUACAAGAAGAGGCAAUACCGGGCAAUCGAGGAUGAGAAACAGAGUUUGACCCAAGGCACUGCAGCAACUGGAGAUGCCCCUCAACAAGAGCCGGAGCAGAAUCCAGUCUAAAUCUCCCUCAUCGCCCACCGGGGUUGAAAGUAGGUCUCUCAUUCCUCCUCUCUCUACUUCUGCCUUCCCCAUGAUCAAAGUGGCAAGGACAGCAAAUAUCAGGUAUAACUUUGUGACUUCUUCUUUAGAACAUCUGGGCCAGGAUGUUAAUGGAGCUACAUGGACAAGGUUGGCAGGGCAGAGGGAGAGGUUGGGACUUUUUAAGCAAAAUCUAUCCCGGGUACUAAAACAUGAAGGUGGUGUCUUUUCCCUGCAUGCGCUGUAAAUUCUCUUCACCUGAACGUAUAUAUACUUGCAAAAGGAGAGGAGGAAGAAUGUUGACAUUUUGAUUUGGAGACUAUUCAUUUAGUCUGAGGUCUGCAGUGGUUUCCAGUUCACGAGCUAUGCGAAUUUCUGCCUGUAAGCAUUACCCUCCCACGGUUUUGUUUUUGGAUUUCAUGUUCCUGGAGGCUGACAGAGUCUCUCAAAGACAUGGAAAAUCCUGUCUGACCACUGCUUUUUUAGCUUUGAGGGUUUCAUGUUGUUGGAAUGUGUCAUCUCCUCUGGGUCAUCUCAGGGUCUCCCAUCUGAAAAGAAAGACGUUGCCUCUACCAAGCCCACAUCUUCCAACUUCCUCACAAUUAAGACCACAGUUACUCAUAUCAGACCAUUCUUAGACUUCUGACCAGUGUCAGAAAAUAUUUUAACUUACAAACUUCUAUUAGGAGGUCAAGGAGGGAGGGAAUGUUUGGAGAUAAGAAGUGAAGAAAGAGUAAAAACUGAAAAAAUUCUGAUGUUCAGAGGAAGUAGAAACUCUUACCCACAAUCAACUAUCUGGUUUCUUCCUAUUAAAUCAUCAUAAACAGGGCACCUAAGAGACCAUAGAUUUGGGUAGAUUGAGGGUUACUGUUUCAUGUUGUUACCAAAGUGCAAUCCCUUCCUUUUCCAUGGAUGAUCCUUGCCCUUCGUGUCUUCCCACCACAAGAACAUGCACACACAUACACCAAACAUGCACACACACGGUAACACAUAACCCUAGAUGCAUACACACACACUAACACACAUAGCCCACAUGCACAGACACAGUAACACACAUAACCCAC